AUGAAAAAAACCCUUCUACUACCUCUCAUUUUUCCAGUUUUUCUCUUCGCAGUCCCAAUAAUCCAUGCUGCCCCAGGAAACUCAAAGCUCUUUAGGGAAUACAUAGGAGCAGAAGGAAAGAAUGUCAAGUUUUCCGAUGUUCCGAUUCAUUCUGACAUCGAAUUCCACUUCAUUCUCUCUUUCGCCAUAGAUUACUCAACCUCACUAUCCCCUUCAAAUGGUAAUUUCAGUGUCCAAUGGGAUAAGCAUAAUCUCGGCCCUUCUGCCAUUGCCUCCAUUAAGGCUCGUAAACCAAGUGUCAAGGUAGCUAUGAGUCUUGGGGGGGACACCAUAGGCGAGAACACACACGUUCACUUUGCUCCGAAGUCGAUCAAUUCGUGGGUCAGCAAUGCUGUCGCUUCACUCACAAGAAUCGCAAAGGAGUAUGAUCUGGAUGGCAUUGAUAUUGACUACGAGCACUUCAGUUCAGAUCCAGACACAUUUGCAGAGUGUAUCGGUCAACUUUUAACCCACCUAAAACAGAACAAGAUAGUGUCGUUCGCCUCGAUAGCACCUUACGAUAAUGCCACUGUUCAGUCAAACUAUCUCGCUCUGUGGAAGAAGUAUGGACAUCUCAUAGACUACGUCAAUUUUCAAUUCUAUGCCUAUGAUAAAGGAACUACAGUUUCGCAGUUUAUGAAGUAUUUCGAGGAUCAGAGCUGCAACUACAGAGAUGGAAAGGUGUUGGUGAGCUUCGGUACUGAUGGUAGCGGGGGUCUAUCCCCAGCAAAAGGUUUCUUUGAGGCAUGUGGCCGACUCAAACGCCUUCGGAAACUUCAUGGAAUUUUUAUAUGGUCUGCAGAUGACUCCAAGAAGGCUGGUUUCCGCUUAGAAAAACAAUCGCAGAAUUUUUUGGCCAGCAUACAGUGAGAUGGAGGAAAAGGCAGAGGGGAAAAUAAUCCUUUCUAGCUAGUAGAAUAAUUAAUUUAUGGAAAUGUAGGCUUGUAUUCGAUGGGGAAGCUGUAAUGACAGGCUAUGAUGUAACACGUAGGUGAAGGAUAAGCCUUUGUUUCUUACCCUUUUUUCAUUUCGGCCACAAGGAUGAGUCUCACCUUACUUUGGAGACGAGACGAACAAGAAAUAUAAAUCAGGUCCAGAUGCGUGGACACAACA